AUGGAUUUGAGUGCUAUCAAUAAAAUCAACAACUUACCGAACUUUCUACCAACUAAAAAGUUUGAAGAACUGCAACGAAACAAGAUGUAUCAAAUCAUGGAAAUUAAGAAAGUCAACACAAAAUAUGGACCAAAAAUUUUGGGAAUUGUGGAAAACGAGUUUUCAAUCUUUUUCCCGAAUCGAACCAACCAGAAGCUGAUUGAUGAUGAAGAGCAGUUAACUUCACUGAUCGAUUUGGCCUCAGCAGGAGAACUUCACUUGAAUUAUUUAGGAACAGCUUAUCACAAGUUUGAAUUUCUUAUCAAACCUUCAUAA